CAUAUUUAUAAAUCACUUCCUUCUAUUUUGCACAAAAGUUGUCGGUCUCUUAUCAGCUUAAAAAUCUUUUUCCUAUUACCAUAGUCCAUAUUGUAAAUCAAGAGAUAGGGUUUUGCUGAGACUCCAAAACAUGGUGGGACUCGCAAAGUUUUCUCUCUCAUGUAAGUAGUCGGUUAGUUGACUCUCACUAUGAAUAGAAUUAUCUAUUCACAAUACAGUAGGGAACAUGAGAUUUAGUUGAAUUGAGCGGGUAGGAUUUGGAAAAAUUACAGUUUGUAUAAUUUUUUGAGAGACUCAAAUUUAAAUCGAAUAAUUAACCUUAACUAAGUUAUACAAAAACGGGAGGAUAUAAAAUGACAAAAUUUAAGUCACAUAUAAUAAGAAUGAGAGUGAAAGUAUGCGCGAAAUAUGACAGUAACACUCAUUUAAAAGAAUUAAGUGACUUAACUCACAUAUUAAAAUAUUUAUCACCAUUGGUCCUACUUUAGAUAGCAUCAAUGAAGUGUGACUCUAAUUUGGAUUCUAUAUAUGUAGAUUUUUUAUUUAUUAUUAUUAUUUUUUUUUGACUAACUUUGCUCAUACUAAUGUAUUUUGAUUCGGUGAUGAUUUCAUAAAGUCCCAAGUUCCACAUGGGAGAUGCAAUAAUCACAAUCCACUAUUAUUAUUUAACUUCACGAAGUAUCUGCAAGAUUGAUUUCUUUACAAAGUUCAAUGCAAAGUAAACAUUGAACUUCUACAUGUCAAAAGAUUACAACGGUAUUUUUUUAUUAUAUAUAUAUAUAUAUAUUAUUAUUAUUAUAAGCACACACAUAUAGGUAGAUUGAUCUAAGAUACCCCUCAAUCCCUCAUCGAUGGUUCUUUUCACGUGUCUUAAAAACCUCCUCCAAAAGCAGUCUAAUGGGGUUUUCUUUUUCCUUCUAAAUAAAUUUGAGAAAUAUCUCUAUUAUCGGAAAGGUCUGAUGGUCGAUGGAAUUAAACGCGUGGAAGGGACUUUCACAUGUGGAUGGCUUUUGUACUUUGCUUACUUUUAUUUUGGGAUCUUAUGAAAAGUAAGAUGAGUUUGAGUUUUUGGUAGGUAUGAAUUAAAAGUUGAAAGAAAUGUUGAACGUUUAAUUCAAAUUACCAAAAUUGGUCUGUUCUUUCUAAUUUUCUAAGUGACCAAAAAGAAGUUAGUGGUUCCUCUGUUAACCAUCUCUCUGCUUCUCUUCAUAACCAAACAGAGGAUGACGACUUUUUUUCUUGCCUCAUCUUAUUUUCCUCUCUGUCCUCAAUCACUUAACUUUCUGCUUUCUAAUGCCUAGACUAAACAUGUCUCUUAAAUCAAAUCGAAAGUUUGAUCAAUGAACAAUACUUGGGUCCAAUUCAAAUUAGAUGAACUUCAUUCAACCUACUAAUGUGACCCAAUAAAAUUGUGAACAUUUCGUCCUCAAAAUCUACCCUCCUUACAAGAAAAGGCGCCGUAAGUGUUAAAAUUAAAUCGGACAUUGUCUAAUUUUUGCUUUUGGACAUGUAUUUUAAAUCUAACUUUUAUUUUUGGACUCUUAUUUUAGAUCUAUUGGGCCACAUCAGCAGGUUGGAUGAAGUGUUGGACCCAAGUAUUGUCCCGAUGAAUCCCAUCUUUUUCAACAUCUUGUUCUGAUGUUCAUCAAAAUGAACAUCUCUAUUCAUCUGUCCUUUUCAUCAAAAGCAGGUUACAAAGUUCCCACAGGUUAUUAAAAAGUCGAUGAGGCACAAUUUGUUUAGACCAAGGCCAUUUUUUUAGUUCUAGUUUUACCUAAAAUUUAUUUAUUUUUGUCCGAUGAUGGUAGUGUCAGGCCUCUUUGAGUAACCUAUAAUUCACCACCGAGCACAUGCAGUUCACUUAUCCCACAUUCACAUAGCAAUUAUCGAGAAAAUUUCAGGUGGGCCAACGAAGGCAAGAGUCUUUGUUGUUAGACUAUAUCCUUGUUUUUGCCGCUAGUUCAUAAAUUUCUAGUCAUUGUUGACCAGAUUAUUUACUAGGAUUUUUAUAUUGCUAAUCUUAAAUCAAACUGAAACUUUUCGAUCAUGAGUGAACUCUCUCUUAGAAGCUAACUUGUAUCUUUCUGGCAUGACUGUGCCUACGUAGUGGCCACAAGAGAGUAUGUGAGAUAAAAUUGGGAUGAAAUUGUGGGAUAGGGACAGGGAUAGGAUUGAGAGAGAGAGAUCGUGAAAUGAAUUCGCCUUAGAAAGGGACUGUUAGGACAUAACAUGUAUAUGUUAUUUUUGGUCAUGAAUUCGUACCUUCGGAAUUACAAUAGAGCAAUUUUGCAGUUGUCCACCCUCGAAUUUCUUAUAUAUUUAGUGCUAGGAAUUCUAGAAUCUGGGCGGCUAUUCGACUUUGAUCUUUUGACGUGUUACAACGGUCAUAGUGGUGUUAAUAUUAAAAUUGAAAAAUCAGUUGGUUUCCUCAGAGGUGGAUAUGCUUUCUCGGCCAGUCAUUCAAAUUUCAAUUUGAAAUGAGGAGCUUUCAGGAAAAAAGUAUGACUAUGAAUUGAUUUGGAGUACACAUAGUAAUACUUUCUCAUAGAUUCCGUGCAGAGAAAACAUUAAAUAUUUGUAUUUAUUUAGACUAUGUUAACCUUUUCAAUUGCAACAGAAGCUUACAUUUAUUUGUCGAUGGUACUCAUUUUCUUCUAGUUAUGAUGGUUGAUGAGAAAUCAAAAUUUCUAGUGUGUAAGUUUGACGGAAUGCUCCAUCCCCUCUAUGAAUUUGGGUAGCUUCAAAAUUUUCAUAGCUCAUCUAUUUCUAUUUCUCUAUGUUGAAAAUGGAUCCCCACCUCUUCCCAACCUCCUUUCUCAUCCUCGUGUUCAUGAUCUUCAUCUUAAUCCAUGCCCCGAGAUCUGUAUACGCCGAUGAUGAGCGAUUCACAACUUGCCGUGAUCAGCUGGUUCAGUGUGGAAACCUUCCGAACAUGCGCUAUCCUUUCUGGGGAGGGAACCGACCCGAAUACUGUGGUCACCCAGGUUUUAACCUAAGCUGCCAAGAAAAUGUCCCAAGGCUCACAAUUCGGUCAAGAACAUAUCGAGUGCUAGAUAUCGACAACACAACACAAACUCUCACGGUUGCUCUAGAUGAUUUCUGGAAUAAUAUUUGUCCAAAAUAUCUCUAUAAUGCUACCUUGGAUUCCAACCUCUUCAGCUAUACUUCCAAUACAGUGAACUUCACUCUCUACUAUGGUUGCCCCUUAAUUCCUGGCCAAGCACUACUGCCUAGUCAGUUUAGUUGCUCACCGAAUGGUACCGCCACCAGCAGCUAUUACGCGCCCUAUUUAGGGACCAUCACCAUUGAAGGGUCAUCAACUUCAACAUGCAGUGACAUACUCAUUGUUCAUGUUUUCCAAACAGCAGCUGUGGCUUUAACAACCACGGUACCUUCAAUAAUGAUUGGAGCAGCUCUCGACCAAGGUUUUGAGUUGCGGUGGCAAGCAAAUGAUACAAUCUGCAGCGAAUGUGUAGGAUCUGGUGGGCGAUGUGGGUAUGAUUUGGAUUCCAAUUUGUUUACUUGCUACUGCGCGGAUCAACCUUAUACAUUAGUGUGUAAUGGGACUCAAAGUGGAACUGGUAUGUGCCCCUAAUCUUGUUGCUCGAUCUUGUUUAGCUAUAACUCAUAUGUUUAGAAGGUAAAGGUCCAUGAUCACUCUAGAUUGUUGGCUGGUCUAAGCUUUUGUCCUUGUUUUUUUGCUUCUUCAUAGUCAUACGACUCAUACCAGGCUAACUCCAGAGGUUUCUCAUGGUCCAGAAUCACUAGGACUAUGUUUUUCCAAGUUUUCCAACUUUAUAUAUGGUCCUGGAGUUUACAAAGUGACUUAUAGUUUUUGGUGCCUAUUUCAACUUUGGUUAUAGGGUACAUAAUACCCUCUAGCAGUAGUCAAUAUUGAUGUCUCGGAAGCUUGGUUUAAAUCCUAGAACUUGCUCUGUCACAUAUACCCAAUCCAGCCUCGUUCUUGAUCCUGUCCAAGUACAUCAAAAACCUUCAAAAUAUCGUGCUUAUCUGCUUCCCUUCACUAGCUCUUACCUUCAAAAGGAAUUACAUACAUAUUGAAAAAUGGAUACCCAAAAUAAUAAAAUGGUAGUGUCAUACAAAACUGCUAAAUGCCUCCAUACAGACUACAAGUCAUAUAGAGCAAGAAUGAAAGUAAGAGUGAGAGUGGAGCAUGAAAACUACAAAAUUUAAUUAAAAAAGAGAGGGUGAAAGUGCACAUGAAACAUGAGAGUGACACCCAUCUAAAAGAAUUGUGUGACUUUAGUUCAUAUAUUAAAGUAUUUACCACCAUUGGUCUUUAGUUUAGAAAGCCUCUCUCACUAAGUUACAUGGAGCGGGAGCGAGUGCGUCAAAGUCUAAAUUUUUUAAAAGUGGGAGCGUCUAUAUACUAAGUUUAAAUAAAAUUAUAUAAGGUCAUGGCAUAUAGAUAUUUUGUUUUUUUUUUUUUAUUUAUUUAAAUCCAUAUGCAAAUAUAUUCAUUGUUAUUUAUUCAAUUAAUGAUAUAUAUAUAUAUAUAUAUAUAUAUAUAUAUAAUAAAUAAGCUAACUUUUUUCAUUAAUAAAUGCGUGGUUUUUUUUGUAAUAUUCUCCAAUUGGAAAGUUUUUUAGUGAUAUAUUUUCAAACAUAUAUAUAUAUAUAUAUAUAUAUAUAUAUAUAUAUAUGGUAGUAUAGCAAUGCCAUAUAACUGGGGCACAU